GACGCAGAGGCGGGGAGUGCACGAACGCAGGCCCGGCGGUAUUAAACGGUUGCGAGCGGAGCGUUCUGGUGAUCGUCGUAGGUCUCAGGCUCUCCCCGCUGUGGUAGCCGGCUACUCCUCCUUCUUCACUUCGUCUCUAGCCGCGUCGUUGAGACUCCGCCACCAUGUUCGAAGCGCGCCUGGUCCAGGGCUCCAUCCUGAAAAAGGUGCUGGAGGCGCUGAAGGACCUCAUCAAUGAGGCCUGCUGGGACAUCAGCUCGAGUGGCGUGAACCUGCAGAGCAUGGACUCGUCCCACGUCUCUUUGGUGCAGCUCACCCUGCGGUCCGAGGGCUUCGACACGUACCGCUGCGACCGCAACCUGGCCAUGGGCGUGAACCUCACCAGCAUGUCCAAGAUACUAAAAUGUGCUGGCAAUGAAGACAUCAUUACCCUAAGGGCUGAAGAUAAUGCAGACACCUUGGCACUCGUGUUUGAAGCUCCAAACCAAGAAAAGGUUUCAGACUAUGAAAUGAAGUUAAUGGAUUUGGAUGUUGAACAACUUGGAAUUCCAGAACAGGAGUAUAGCUGUGUAGUAAAGAUGCCUUCUGGUGAAUUUGCACGUAUAUGCCGAGAUCUCAGUCAUAUUGGAGAUGCUGUUGUAAUUUCUUGUGCAAAAGAUGGAGUGAAAUUCUCUGCCAGUGGGGAACUUGGAAACGGAAAUAUUAAGUUGUCACAAACAAGUAAUGUCGAUAAAGAAGAGGAAGCUGUUGCCAUAGAGAUGAAUGAGCCAGUCCAGCUAACUUUUGCACUGAGAUAUCUGAACUUCUUUACAAAAGCUACUCCACUCUCUCCUACAGUAACACUCAGUAUGUCUGCAGAUGUACCCCUUGUUGUAGAGUAUAAAAUUGCUGAUAUGGGACAUUUAAAGUACUAUCUGGCUCCCAAGAUCGAGGAUGAAGAAGGAUCUUAAGCGGUUUUAAAAUCCAAGAAAACAAAACAGCUCUUUGAGAACUGCUUCUGAGAUUUCAAAAUGCUUUUACAAGUCUCUUUUGUCACCAAAUUUGUACCUGAGUACAUAUGUAGAUAAUGUUUUCUGUAAAUAACCUAUUUUCCAUUCUUUACAAUUUAAAGCAUAGUCUCAAGUCAAAUCUGGUCUUAUUAACCUAGAACUACUCUGCCUUAUAUAGAAAUAGUUUUUAGGAUUUUUAUAACAAAGGGUUUUGACUAUUAAUCAGUUUUAAUGUUUUCAUCUUAGAAGUUUGAUAUCACAGGACAGUGCCUUCAUUUGAACCUUGACUAGGGAAUUCACAAUUAGUGCUACCUUUUUUGUGUAAAUGUUAUAUAUAUUUUUUUCAAUCUAGAGCAGCCAGAUACAAAUACAUUAGGUAUAGCCAUAAAAAGCACUCCAAAUGCUGUUAGGUAACAAGAUAUUUGUGAAGAUUCAGUUGUCAAAUUUAUUUUUGUAUUUUCACUUGAACUAAAGAAAUGAAUGGGAGAACAAAUUCUAUGCUUCAUUUUUUUGUCUUUUUUUGUAAACAAAUACUUUUUUUGUAAACAAACAAAUACUAUACUAAUACUUUUUCAGAAACCUACUAUACUCAAAGGUCGGUUUAUAAGACUAGAAUUGUUACAGGGCGGUGUUUCUUUAGCCUAGGAAACUUUACAAGACAUAAGAAUUACUAUGUUUGUGAUGGGGCCCAAGGAGUAUGUUUGCAAAAAAAUUUUUCUCUAGUAUAAAUAGCUUUAUUUGAGACUUAUCCUAGUGUAAAGGAUGAACAUGGCUUAUCUCUUAAGGGUGUUGGGUUCAACCGAGAAAGUGAAAAGGCCCAGUAGUUGUGAAACAGGCUAUUUAAACAUUCCCAGUAAUUGUGUUUACAAGAUCACAAAUUGGCAUCCUACAUACUGAAGGCUGUUUUAUUACAUUCCUUUUCCCCAUUAUGUUUGGAUUAAAUAACUGGUUUCUUUGUUGUACCUGGACUUGAGUUCUAGUGAUUGGACUUCAGAACUCACUGUAUCCGGUGGGUAACCAUUACCUUAUGUGCCUGGGUGGAAGGAGAUUGGCAGCAAGGGAGCCUGAUGGCGUUUUUUUUCGAGUGAUGAAAAUGUUUUAUCUAGACAGGUGAUGGAUGAUCCCAAGACCGAAUUUGUUAAACCUCAUCCAUUGUACUUUUAUGUAAAUUAUACCUUAAUAAAGUUGACAUUUAAAAGUUU